GCUCACGAUGGGGCGCACUAGACCAAAAACCCGCAAGAUCAAGCCAGUCAUUACAGAGAACACAUCAGAGGGUCCUGCUCCCCCUCCCUCAAUAUCGUCCCUUCUAGAGAAGGCUCAGUCACUGAUUGUGCAAUGCGAAUAUGAGCUCGCGGGCCGCUUCGCGCAACGGGUGCUCCAGCGCGAGCCCGGGAAUGUGGAGGCAAAAGAGAUGCUGGGCGUGACACAACUGGAAAGAGGGGAGAUUCUCGCCGCCAAGGAGACCUUCCAAUCGCUUGUACCACCACAUUCUGGGGCCCCGGUUGCUCCCCCUCCAUCUGCGUAUCUCUACCUUGCGCAGCUGAGCGAUGACGACCCACACCUUGCGCUUCGACACUACCAGAGUGCUGUUGACCUCCUGUCAAACCAGCUCAAGGGCAAGGAACGCGCCGUGGAUCCCUUGAGUUCCAAGGAUGAUGAAGGCGAAACGAAACGAAACAUCGUCCGCGCGUUGAUUGGCAUGGUCGAGAUUUGGAUGGACCCUUCGUAUGAUCUCUGCGAUGAUCCUGCAGCAGAGAAGACAUGCGAGGACCUCCUGAACCUUGCGCUGCAAACAGACCCGGGAAACACAGAGGCGCUACAAGCGCUGGCCUCCGUUCGAAUGUCUCAGCAAAGACCCGACGAGGCGAAGGUCUGCUUGGAGCAAGCGUGGUCACAAUGGAAAGAUCUUGACCUCGACAACCCACAAUUACCCCCAAUAUCCGCUCGCCUGUCGAUUGUGAAGCUCUUCCUCGAGCUCUCUCUGUUUACUCCGGCGCUCCUUGUGCUACAAGGUAUCAUUGCCUCUGAUGACCAGGACGUCGAAGCGUGGUAUCUCGAGGGCUGGUGUUUCUUCCUCAUGGCGGAGCAGGCACAGGAGAAUGGCGGUGAGCUCGGCGAGCUGACUUGGGACGAUCUCGCGCAUAACGCGCGAGAUUGUUUGGACACCUGUCAGAUUCUGCACGUCAAGCAGGAACAUCCCGACGUGCCUUUGCUAGAACACACUCGUGAACUCAUUGCCAAACUUGAGUCAUUAGGCAUCCAGCCUUCUCCCGAGAUAGACGGAGACGACGAAGAUGAAGAGGGCUGGGACGAUGUGGAAGGGAGCGAUGAGGACGGCGAUGUCGAGAUGUCAUAGAUGUUACAACACAAAAGUAUAGUAUCACCCGUGCGCAAUGCCUAUUCUCACCGAUUCCUCCUUCGAC